AUGCACAGCAGUUCCAUGAACAUUCAAUCGAGUACAAUUCCGUCGUCCAAUGUUCCGUCUCUUACGCAACUGCGCGGGUUCAGCCACAAGCGGCGACGUAGCGCAACGUUCGCACACUUUGAAAAGCAGCAGGACGAAGAAAAUACCACUGAGAGCUGCUGCACCACGUCGGGUGAGAGCUCGGGCGACGAGAGUGAUGAUAAUAGUUUGGAAGAGUUGAUAGAUGAAGAAGAAGAAGAAGAAGAAGAAGAGACGUUGGUGGCCGUCAAGCGGCGGCGUCGCGCCGAUCUCGAUGGACUCAAGAAGUCAAUGAGGCGCAUGGAAGCACAAGUGGUGAAUGCGUCUGCACAGCUGAAAGACCUCGCAGCUGUAGUGGCCCAGGUUGCGGCACGACGCCAGCACCAGCAAUGGCAAUGGCAAUACUCAGCACCAGAUUGCAUAGAGAGACGUACAAUUGACACUCAUCUAGCAAAGUGUUUUAGUAGUUUAUAG